AGUGAGAGUCGCGUGCCACUCGCUCCAUUUGAAUUCAGAAACUCGUGUGCCUUGGCGAGUGCAGGUCGUGUGCGCAUCCCUCAAGUCCGUCCCCUUCGAAAAGAACAUGAAGAGGAACAUCAGUGACAUGGAUUCAGAUUGUGAUGACGUCUUUGGAGAUGAUUCCAAAGGAACACCUACGCAGAGCAAUGAUAGUUGUCAAAUGCUUAAUCGAAAAAGAAGACGUGGGAUUAUUGAAAAACGUAGAAGAGACAGAAUCAACAAUUCGUUAUCCGAACUCAGAAGACUUGUACCUGCAGCGUUCGAAAAACAGGGAUCAGCAAAACUUGAAAAAGCAGAAAUUCUACAGUUGACAGUGGAUCAUUUGAAAAUGUUACAUGCAAAAGGCUUCGAUGCGCUAUCAUUUGAUCCUCACAAGUUUGCCAUGGACUAUCACAACAUUGGUUUUCGCGAAUGUGCUUCAGAAGUUGCUCGAUACCUGGUAGCCAUCGAAGGAUUGGACUUACAAGACCCUCUAAGAGUCCGGCUUAUGAGUCAUCUCCAAUGUUACUCUGCCCAAAGAGAACUAUCUUUGAAAACUUCAGUGCAGCAUCCUUGGAAUCCAUCUACUUUCGGUGCCACUCUCCCUCCUGCACCAACACCUCAGUACCCAGGUCCGUCCGCCUCUAUGGGACCACAAGUGACCGAACCUCCCCUUCAAAGUUCUUACAAUUGCUCAGAACCGCCAAGACUCGCACACACCAUGGACAAUGCUUUUGGUUCAGCUGGACAUUAUCCACGCGUUACGACAAAUGCACCACAAGUAAAUACCUCAACAGCACAAACUAGUGUUGCACUUGUACAACAUGGACCACCUGGACCUACCAUGGUACCUUCGUUACAACAAAUGUCUAGUUCUAAUCAAUAUCUAGGAGGACAUGGAUUCCCUAGUGGAAGCUAUAGCAGUUCAGGAGCUUUUAAUCAACAUGCAAGUUCAACAGGUAGGCCGUACAGGCCUUGGGGAGCAGAAUUAGCUUAUUAAUUAAAUUCCUAUUUCAAUAUUGUUGACAUCUGUAAAUAAUUCACCAGAAUCUGCAAUAUAAGUGGAUUGUAAUGAAAAGCACUGUUCCAUAUUAUGCAUUUUUGGUAUGUUUAGUAAGCAUGUAUAGAUUAAUAUGCAGCCGAUAUACAUAGAUAUUUAUUACAUAUCCCUGAGAUGAGACUUAAUACCACAUUUUUCUUAAAUCAUGGAUAUCAACUACCUUAAAGGGAAGAUCGACAAUCAAGAAAAAAUUCGAGGGAAUUUCAAAUAAUGCAUGAUUAUCGGAAAAUAAUUUUUAUUUGAGAAAAAAAUGUUAUAGAAAUCGGAUGACAAUAUUUUUAUUCUUUAAAAUAUAUUUCUCUUUGAAAUUUUUCAGGAAAGCUGACCUCUAAAAUAUUCAUAUUAUUUUUUGCACAAACGAACAAUACAAACAAGAUAUAAAAAUACCAAACAACCAUGUUCUUUAAAAGUUUUAUCAGAACUUUUGCAGCUAUAUUAACUUUAUGGAUUUGAUUGAUCCCAUUUAGAAAGAUUUGUUUUAUUUGAAUAAAAACUGAAAUAAAAAUAGCCAACUCUUCCAAUUAAGAAUUAUUUUUAA